AUGGCUAAAGUAACGAUAUUACUAAAAAUAUUUUCUCCGAUUAAAAAAACCCUUCUUUUUCUUUCCAGACAAAAUCACAGUGAAAUCGAAAAACGACGUCGAGACAAAAUGAACACCUACAUCAAUGAAUUGUCCUCCAUGAUACCCAUGUGUUAUGCUAUGCAUCGUAAACUAGAUAAAUUGACCGUUUUACGUAUGGCUGUACAGCAUUUGCGCAGUAUUCGUGGUGCCGUACACGCCUACAGCGGUGGUGACUGUAAGCCAACAUUUCUCUCAGAUCAAGAAUUGAAGAUGUUAAUACUGCAAGCCGCUGAGGGUUUUCUAUUUGUAGUGGGUUGUGACCGAGGACGUAUAUUGUAUGUCUCGGAAUCGGUAUCAAAUGUUUUGAAUUAUACACAAACAGAUUUGUUAGGGCAAAGUUGGUUUGAUGUUUUACAUCCGAAAGAUGUGGCCAAGGUUAAGGAGCAAUUGUCUUCACUGGAUCCAUGUCCGAGAGAAAGAUUAAUCGAUGCUAAAACCAUGCUUCCCGUUAAAACCGAUAUACCGCAAAGUUUAUGCCGCCUAUGUCCGGGUGCCAGAAGAUCCUUCUUUUGUCGCAUGAAAUUAAAAGCCGCCAGUAGUAGUCAGAUUAAGGAAGAGUCCGAUACAUCUUCAAGUUCCCGCAGUUCGACCAGACGUAAAUCAAAGUUAAGCAUGGAUGAGAAAUAUCGGGUAAUACAAUGCACUGGCUAUUUAAAAUCCUGGGCCCCCAUUAAAGAAGAAAAUCAAGAUGCUGACAAUGAAGAUCAAAUAACAAAUCUUUCCUGCUUAGUAGCCAUUGGUCGUAUACCCUCUAAUGUGAUGGAAGAUAAAUCAACUUCCUCCCUGGAUAAUCAUCCCAAUGUAAGGCAUGUUAAUUUUCUUUCCCGACACUCGGUGGAUGGUAAAUUUUUGUUUAUAGAUCAAAGAGCCACUUUGGCGGUGGGUUUUUUGCCUCAAGAAAUCUUGGGCAGUAGUUUCUACGAAUACUUUCAUCCCGAGGAUAUACCCGCCUUGGCUGAAUCCCAUAAAAUGGUUUUACAGGUGGCCGAAAAAGUCACUACCCAAGUAUAUCGUUUUCGCUGUAAGGAUAACCGUUUCAUACAACUGCAAAGUGAAUGGCGUGCAUUUAAAAAUCCCUGGACCACUGAAAUUGAAUAUAUAAUGGCUAAGAAUUCCGUAUUUUUAUAAGCAUUUAAAAUUCUUCCAUAAUUAGUUUUUUAAUCUCGAUCAAGGAAAUAAAUCUUAUAGAUGUGUGAGUGUGAAAGAAAA